AUGGCGUCCUAUUUGGCGCCACGGGUUCACCCGGGUGCUUUCACAGCACCUCCCGUGGUCUCACCAGUUGUAAGUGGAAUUCCCGUCUCAUCUGUUCCACUUGCCGGUCAUCCCCACCGUUCUCCUUAUGACCCAUCCACUUCGGGAAUCCCACCGCCAACCGCUCCAACAUCCCCUCCUAAUUCAGCUAUUCAACAUCCGCCCAAAGAGAAUUCCGAUUGUGGAUCAAGCUCCGGUGUGGGCGGCAUGAAGAAUGUGGAGGUGUUGAGCUCGGACGAGGCCGGCUCUUCCUCAUCUCCGUCGGGUGUUUCCGAUGGCGGACCCACGGCCACCCAUCCCACCCAUCCACUACACGCCUCACCGAUGAACAUGCCGCCCCAAGCGAUCCCUGGAAUCCAAGGAGUGGCCGGACCAUCCGUCCCACCACCCCUACCUGCACCAUAUUUUGUCGCCCCUCCUCCAAGACCCGGUUUCCCUGGAGCUCCUCCCCUUCUCCCUCACGGCCCUCCACCUCCUUUAAUGAUGGUCCCACCGAAUGGACCACCUAUUCAAGGCCUUUUCUGCUCUCCAUCCGAUCUUUUUGUUCACAUUCAACCUGGAGAGCGCUUGACUUUAAGAGUCGGCAAUGAAGAUCAAGAUAUUAUUGGACCUGCCACUGUUCGAAUGGUUGGUGAAGCGGGUUGUCAUCCCUCCGCUCUUCCAAUCUAUGUUCCUCCUGGGCACCAGAUUCAUCAAAUUGUUGAUGAAAAUGGAGUCCUUCGCCAUCUCAUCCUCUCCUCAGAGCCAUCGAUGGCGCAACGCUCUCAACAACCAGCGUCAAUGAUGAACGGCUAUGGUCGAGCCGGUCCCUCGCAAAUCCACAAUCUCGUCACCGUCGAUCGGCCGAAUAAGGCUUUUCCGAAAACAGCUCCACCCCGACCACCGACUGCUGAGCCAACACCCACAGAAGAUCAGGAAGACACAUGUGACAUGGAUGUUGAGGAGAAAGAUCGCCUCCGUGAAAUGCUUAACUGCAUUCAAGCACCGUCACUUGUUAGGGUCACCGAUGUUGAGGCCGAUUUACAAUGGCAAGAACUGGAUACUUCGGAAGCCGCAGCUCCUGGUGGUCCUUUCCCUCAAAUCGACGCCUCCGAAUUUAGCUACUCGGUGAUUCUCUACGAAAAUCAAGCAAACAAUCCGAGAUACAUCACCACUUAUCAAUGUGAUCCAGAGCAAGGCGGUAAUUGUCUCCGACUUUUCAAACUUCGACCUCUCACCGACUAUUUUGUUCAACUAAAGGCUUCACUCGAAGAACGAGGAAUCAUCGGCGAACCAUCAAAAGCUGUCCAUUUUAGAACAAAACCACCAAGACCGAAUGCACCAAUGCCAUUAAGAAUCCUUGAAACCGGCACGAAUUUCAUGGUGAUUGGAUGGAAUACAGCUGUCGAAAAAACUCAUUCUGUGCAUUUCUACAAUGUUUAUGUACAGCUUGGGAACGAGCCGACGACAAGGACAAAGAUGUUUAGUGGAAAUGAGGAGAGAGCUGUCAUCACAAAUCUCCUUGCUGGCACCAGAUACGAUGUUUUCGUUUCGGUGAUGACCGAUUGUGGGGAAAGCUCGUUGAGUUCACCGCUUCGAGUUGACACUCGUCCCGAUGUGAAACCCCAAGUGCCAAACAUUCAAAAUAUCACGGCUCGAUCAGUGAAAAUGAAUUGGGCCACGAUUCCCGAUCACAAACUCUCCGUGGAAAUGUCUGAAGGAAGAAUGGAUAACAAUAUUCGUGUUGUGAGGGAGCAAAUCGCUGGACCUGGCACGAUUGUUGACGGCUUGAAUCCUGGAACCGAGUACCGUUUCCGUCUCGUUGUCAGCGGUCUACCAUCUGCUAAGUCCGAUUGGGUGCCCGUGCGAACCACACAAGCUCAACGAAAUCAAGAACAUCCAAGCAAAGAGUUACGUGUCCUGGUCCCAAAUCCACCCUUUGUCAUCGCUUCAAGCAGUCGACGAUUGGAGAUUGGAUGGAAAGUGAAUGGAGCCAGAGAUCGUGAGUUCACUUAUUUGGUCGAGGGCUCUCCAAGAAUCCCUGAAGGAGCUCAACCGAAAUGGAAAACGAUCUACAGAGGAGAGAAAACCCAAGUGACCGUCGAUGAAGGAUUUGCUGUUUUUCGUGUACAAACUUUUAACAAAAAAGGAGUCAAUAGUGAUUGGUCUUCUAAUCUUGUUCUCCCGAAUCCAAUCGAUGAUCUUUCCCCUCCUGCUGCGCCAUCGGUGCCUGAAUUGACUGUGGUUGAUAAAAGCACCGUGUUGGUGAGAUGGCAAACUGGAAUGGCAAAGGAUAAUGAACUUCCCGAUGGCAUCUCGUGGGUGAUCGAGUUGAGGCGAAAAGAUGACAACAACAACGUCGUCUACAGCGGUCAAGAGCCCAGCUUCAGCAUUUCUGGCCUAGCUCCACAACAAAGAGUCGAAAUCCAGAUCCGCAAAGUGUUUAUGGAUGAAUCGAAGAGGUUAGAAGGAGCUUGGAGUCCUGUGGCAUCGAUCAGUACACCAAAAGAAGCGCCAAAAGUCCCAAGAAACGUCCGAGUGAAUCAAGAGAAAAGAACGCUUGAAUGGACAAGUGAUGAGGAUGAGACAACGAUCUAUCAUGUGUCUCGAUUCCGAGUCAUCGGUGAAGAAAAGGAUAAGGAAUUGGAAAUGAACACAAAGAAACAAGAGUGCUCAUUGGGAGAGCUGGAGCCAGCGUCAGUGUAUGAGUUCACGGUAUCAGCUAGUCACGAAGGAGGAUCCUCUGAUCCAAGCGCUCCACUUGUCUAUGAGACUCGAGCCCAAGUCCCCCGUCCUCCAGAGGGAGUCUCUGCCGAAACAAUGAGCAUGAGUGAGAUCCAUUUGAGAUGGGAAAGACCGGAUUGUUGUGGAGCUGAAGUGAAACAGUACAUCAUUAAAGUUACACUCGAUGAAGAGGUUGUUCGAGAGUUCUAUGUUCCGUCAACAGCCGAACAAUGCGAUUACAGCAUCACUGGCCUUGAGGCAAGCACUGUCUACUCUAUUGGAUUGUUGGCUGAGAAUGAGAUCGGAUGCAGUGAGCAAGUGGUUGUAACAGGCAGAACUCGAACCCCACCACCCCGCCCGCCCACCCUUGAUGCUGAUUCUGAACCCACUCAAAUGCGACUUCGUUGGCGUCACAUCUAUCACCCGUCCACCGAUUCAUCACCAAUUCGCUAUCGAGUCGUUCGCGUAGUCGAAAAUGAAGAUGAUGAUACUGAACAAAACGUUGUCGCCUACGAUGGAGAGGCUUGUCAAUGUAAAAUCCGAAAUCUCAACGAGAAUACUAUCUACAAGUUCAAGAUUCGGGCCAUUGACAAACAAGUUGGUCCUGGUGCUUGGUCGGAGGUGUACGAAUUCUCGACAACGUUGGCUCCACCACCGGGAAUCAAGGGAUUGUUGAGUGCUUCGAAUAGUGGAAAUGGAUAUCAACAGAUCGAAUGGCCAUCCUGCAUCAACAAGCAAAACCCGCGACGACUCUUCUAUUCACUCGAGGUGCAAGAGUGCGGAGCUGAGAGGCCAGAAUGGACCCCGGUUUACGAGGGUGCAAAUCCGCAGUACACGUUGAAGGUGAAUGACUACCAGCGAUCGCUUCAAGUACGCGUUCGAUGUGCUCGUGUUGAUCCAGAGGGAAAGAAGCUUUACUCAACACCAUCACAGACUCUGUUCAUCUCGAACUCAUCCCGAGGAGAGCCCAAAUCUGAGCCUUGCGUCGAAGUCCCAGCUCCGACAUUCUUCCAAACUGCCUGCAAAUGGGUGGCCGAGCGAAGUUUUGCUACCCUAAUCAUUAUCGUUUUCUUUGCAAUCUCGAUCGUGAUGGCAUUCUUCAUGGACUACGCCUUUGAGUUAGCCACCCCAGCCCAGCCAGACUCACCCAAGACAACUCCUCGACCAAACAAUCGUCGAUCUGGCUUG